UAAAUGACGAGCAGCGGACUAUGCGGUACACACGGCGACUGUGAUCGAGCGCACCCAAAGCAGCACGACAAGGAACGGUGUCUGGGUAAAAGACGUUUGGCGCGGUCGGUUCAUUAGCCGCUGUCAGCCGAGGGAGAGGAGCCGAGGUCAGACCCGCGGUUCAGCUGCAUUCUGCGAGAGAGUACCGAGACACAUUGGUACAUUUACUAAGAGAGAGUUGGUGCGGUUUAAUUUCGGGUUUUCCCUCAUUCGCCAGUCAGCCGUCUAUCCAAGCUUGCCCUGCGCAGGCAGACGGAAAUAACUCGCAAAAAUGCCUCCCAUCGAGAACGACGCCGGGAAGAAUGAGCUCAAAACGCGGAUACAGCAGCUCAUUGACACCAACAAAGUGAUGGUUUUCAGCAAGACCUACUGUCCGUACUGUGUCAAGGUGAAAGACUUGUUCAAAGAGCUGAAUGUCGAGUGUAAUGUGGUGGAGUUGGACCUCAUAGAGGAUGGACCCAACUACCUUGAGAUGCUGAUCGAGAUGACUGGACAGAAAACCGUCCCUAGUAUCUUCAUCAACAAGACGCAUUUCGGCGACUGUAGCAAAACAAUGCAGGCUCACCAAGACGGCAGCCUGCAGCAGCUGCUGGGCGAGGCUUAUGACUACGACUUGAUCGUCAUCGGAGGAGGGUCUGGAGGCCUCGCCUGCUCAAAGGAAGCUGCUAAGUUGGGGAAGAAGACCAUGGUACUGGACUAUGUCGUGCCCACACCAAAGGGAACCUCCUGGGGUCUCGGUGGAACGUGUGUGAACGUGGGCUGCAUUCCCAAGAAGCUGAUGCACCAGACGGCCUUGCUGGGCACCGCCAUGCAGGAUGCACGCAAGUUCGGCUGGGAGUUUGAAGAGACAGGUGAGGGCUCAGAGAGACGACCCAGGAGGUCACGAAGGGGGGACGUCGCACCGGCUUGCUGUGUGAAACACAACUGGGAGACGAUGAAGACGGCGGUGAACAACUACAUCGGCUCCUUGAACUGGGGCUACAGGGUGGCACUGAGAGACAAGAACGUCAAUUAUGUCAACGCCUAUGCAGAGUUUAUUGAUCCUCAUAAAAUCAAGGCAACAAACAAACGGGGAAAGGAGACGUUUUACACAGCGGCUAAGUUUAUCUUGGCUACGGGCGAGAGGCCGCGCUACCUGGGCAUCCCUGGAGACAAGGAGUACUGCAUCACCAGCGACGACCUCUUCUCGUUGUCCUACUGCCCGGGAAAGACCCUGGUGAUCGGGGCGUCGUACGUGGCACUGGAGUGCGGUGGCUUCCUGGCCGGCCUGGGUCUUGAUGUCACCGUUAUGGUCCGGUCCAUCCUGCUGAGGGGCUUCGACCAGGACAUGGCCAACCGCGCCGGAGAGCACAUGGAGGAGCACGGCGUGAAGUUCCUCCGCAAAUAUGUGCCCAUAAAGGUGGAGGAGCUGGAGGCAGGCACUCCUGGCAGGCUGAAGGUGACAGCGAAGUCCACAGAAACCGAUGAGAUCAUCGAGGGAGAGUACAACACCGUCUUGAUAGCAGUGGGCCGAGACGCGUGCACAGACAAGAUUGGCCUGGACAAGGCAGGGGUCAAAGUCAACCCUAAGAAUGGAAAGAUCCCCGUGAACGAUGAAGAGCAGACCAACGUGCCCCACAUCUACGCCAUUGGAGACAUUCUGGAAGGCAAGUGGGAGCUGACACCUGUCGCCAUCCAGGCCGGCAAGCUGCUGGCACGACGCCUCUACGCAGGCGCCAAACUCAAGUGUGACUACAUCAACGUUCCCACCACCGUCUUCACCCCGCUGGAGUACGGUGCCUGUGGUCUGUCAGAGGAGAGAGCCACUGAGCUGUACGGGCAGGACAACAUCGAGGUGUUCCACAGUCUGUUCUGGCCUCUGGAGUUCACCGUGCCCGGCAGAGACAACAACAAAUGCUACGCCAAGAUCAUCUGCAAUAAACUGGACAGCGACCGAGUCAUUGGGUUCCACUAUCUGGGUCCAAAUGCCGGAGAGGUGACGCAGGGCUUCGGCGUAGCCAUGAAAUGCGGCGCCACCAAAGAGCAGCUGGACAGCACCAUCGGCAUCCACCCGACCUGUGCUGAGAUCUUCACCACUCUGGAGGUGACCAAGAGCUCCGGUGGAGACAUCAAGCAGGCCGGCUGCUGAGGUUAAACCCUGCUCGUUUAGCAGGCUGCUCUCGUGUUAGACUCUCGUACCACCCCCUCCUCUCCUCUUAGCUCACCAGUCAACCUUUAAGCUCAGCCGCACCUCGGGCCGCUCACUUUACAGAGCGGUUGUUUCUCAGGACAAACCUAACACCGCGGCAAGCGUCUGAAUCGGUGACCAGCACUGAUUCAGGCUCGCUGGGAGCUAAGAGGCGACUGACUGAAGCCAGAGCUGACGACGUGCGAGUCUCCAGCUCUGGCUGAGGAGUUUGAUACGAGGGCAGCCUGCUGAACAGCGGGGUUACUCUGCUGCUUGUUUGUCCUGGACUCCAACAGUGUGUCCUUCUCAGAGGAGCACCAAAACACACUACCACUGAGUAUGUGUAUGUUUGGGCUGUUUGUGACGUCCUGGCCCGUAACCUUAAAUACUGAGGUGGGUGAGGAUCGAUGUACCUCUGCAGAAGCACCUGAUGGUGGCCCUAAUUCUUCGUCCAACCCCUAAACUUCAAACACUUCUCAUUCACCCUCAGCAUACAGACUGAAAUAUCUAUUUAAAUUGGCACAAAACCAAGGUUUGAAUGGAUGCACUUCUCUGAAGUCCACUUGUGAUGGAAGCUUAUUAUUUAAUCUGGUGUGUGUAGAUGUCAUCGCGUCUCUUCUGUUGAGCCUUCUUCUUUCCACACAUUCCUCCCACCAGGCCUUCACGGCCUUUGGAAUCGAGGUGUAUACAUGUUGUUAAUAUUUGUCUUUGCUGUGUGGAGGCACCAGAGUUUUCUGCACCCUUUCUGUGUACCAAAGCAUUUAUCGAAAACAAGUCUGCAGAGAUCAAGAGCCGGAAUAAAAAUGUACACCUUCUCAAGCAUCGCUGCAACACUACCAGACAGAAUUGAAUGAAAAAUACAACCUGAAUUGUUCUGGCUGUUGUCUUUUUAAAGUAAAUAAAUACAAUUCUCAAAGUUUUUACUCAUUUAAUUUAAUGCAUGUUCGUUGCAUCUGCAUUAUGUGUAUGUAAAAGAUCUAUUCAGCCUUAAGACGACAGUAUUCUGGCUGCUGUCAGUGAGCGACAUUGGUCAUCUGUGUAAAUGACUUGUUUGUUGGUGUCAAACCACUGUAGAUUAAUUCUCUCAAGAUUUAAUAAAAGAUGAGUUCACCAUCA